AUGAGGCCAUCUGCUUCGGUUCGUCUCAUGGCUGGCUCGCCUUUAUCCACCCUCGUAAUUGCUCUCUAUACCUUUACCCUCCCUCCCAUCCAAACCCUACCUUGUGUCAUCUCGAGCGCUCGCUACAAUUCCAAUAUUCACACCUCUUCUUCUUCUUCAUCACCCAUUGUUACUGAAUUCAGCAUUUGGGGUCAAUUCUCACCCAUAUCAUCCCAAUAUCUGAGUCAGAAACCUUUCUUUAAGAAGAUUGUGUUAUCCUCAACCCCGUCCCCAUUCCCUGCCAAUCAUCAUCAUAAUGAAAAUAAAAUCAAUAAUAAUAUUAAUAAUGGAAAGAAGAAGUAUUCUUCUGACUCUACUGUGAUGGUCAUCCAAGGCUACAAGAAAUGCAAACUCCCAUUCUGCAGAAUUAGGGACACCGCAUGGACUGCCUUAGAUGGUGCAGCGGUAUCAUACGUAGAUGUCAUAUAUUUCAGCAAGGACCAAAAAUUCUAUGCCUUGUCCACCUCUUAUGAACUUAUAGAAGCUUGGGAUCUCCGCGACACUUCCUCUUCAAAGAACACUACCAUCAUUUCUCAUUUGCCUCCUUGGGUACACCCCACAAUGGGCCAACACCAACACUGGCUCAGACAUCUUUGCAUUCCCAAUCACUAUCUAGUAGAGUCUUCAGGGGAGUUGCUGAUGGUUGUUAGGUACUUUGCUCACUCGUUUGAUGAUAAUGGCAAACAUGACUAUUCCACUCCCAAGAACACCAUUCUGUUUGACAUGUAUAAGUUAGAUUUUGAUAACAAGGAGUGGCUACUCUUGCCAAGUUUAGGCGACAGGGCAUUGCUUAUCGGUCUUAAUGACUCUGUCUCUGUCUCUGCUCCUGAUUUCCCUGGGUUGGCCAAGAAUUGUAUUCACUUCGCUAGUCAUGCAAAAAUCUCGCAACAGUCUCAUGAUUUGGGUGUCUUCAACUUGGAAGAUAACAGCACAACUCCAAUAUAUAAAUAUGACUUGAAGAUUCAACUGUCUUCUCUCUGGGUUGUCUCAACUCAACAAUGA